CGAUGUUGGCGGCAUCAAAAUUGGCACCCUUUGUUCAAAAUAUCCAUACGUUUCUGUCGACAGUGAAAUACUAACAAGAUUCACUUCCUCAAGUAAAUUAAUCUUCCAACUUGUAAUUUUGUCUAACGGUUUUGGAUUGGCUGUUGUUUCAUAUAGAAUAAGCGAGCAGAACUUGUUGCUCGCUUACUAUUGGACAAUGGAGAAGGAGCCCAGAAAGCUGGUUUUCCGUGCAACUCCAUGGAUCUUCUUGCUUGUUCUUCCUUUGCUCUAUAUCGACAUUUUAUGGGGGAAUAAUAUUCAAUUCGAGCAACGCUUCCAUUAUACCUCCAGUUCUCCACCUAUUUCCAGCACCAGAAAGGCUAUUAUCAGGGAACCUGUGGAAGAAAAACACGAGUCCCUGGAUUCUCUUCUCUCAAGACUAGUAAAAGGGGAAGACCAGGAAAAGCUCAAAGCCACCGGCUUCGCUUGCAACAGUGAAGUUUACUCCAUACAUUGUGUUUCAAAUCGUCCUGUGCGGGUUGAUACCAGAACGAUGACAGUUACGAUUGCUUCUAAUCAAUCUGUACGAGAAACGGUGAUUCGGCCUUACGCAAGGCAAGAAGACGAGGUUCUUCUUAAAAGAGUAACACCAGUAAAAAUCUUACAGGGAAAUACCACUCUGCCGGUAUGUCAAUACAACCACGAAUUUCCUGCUGUGAUCUUCUCGUCCAGCGGCUUUGUGGGAAACGUGUUCCAUGAAAUCAACGAAAUCCUCAUCCCUCUUUUCAUCACCACCAGGCUGUUCAAGUCCAGAGUUGCCUUCAUCCUGGAGGAUUACAAUCCUUCGUUUUUGAGAAAGUACGGCAAGGCCCUGUCUGGAUUGACUUCUUAUGAGAUCAUAAACCCGUCUGCAAAUCAAAGUGUUCAUUGCUUUCCAGGAGCAGUAGUCGGGCUAAAGUUUCAUGGCCAUCUGGCCUUGAAUUCCAGUGAUAUCCCUGGAGGGCUUUCGAUGCGCGAAUUCAGGAAGUUUCUUAGAGAAUCAAUGAAUCUCAAGUACAGCCACGUCUCGCAGAUUAAAACUCCAACAGUGAUGCUUUUAUCGCGCAGAUCAACAAGACGAAUUCUGAACGAAGACGAAUUAGUUGCUAUGAUGGAAGAGUUGGGCUUCCGAGUACUUGUGGUUGCUAGAGCUAAAGUGAUAUCGAAUCUGAACUUAUUUGCCAGUCUCAUAAACUCGUGCAGUGUAUUCGUGGGAGCUCACGGGGCCGGCCUCACAAAUGAACUUUUCUUGCCCGACGGUGCAGUCAUGGUGCAGGUGGAUCUAAUCGGCCUGGAAUGGGCUGCGGCCACUUAUUAUGGGAAUCCGGCCCGUGCAAUGGGCGUGCACUACCUGAGGUACAAGAUUGAGCCCGAGGAAAGUUCAUUAUUGAAAGUGUUCGGCCGACGGGACCAUACAUACAUCACAGACCCCAGAGCACUUCCUGUCCAGGCAGGCAAGGAAGUGUACCUUAAUGGACAAAAUGCAAGAAUCAAUAUUACGAGGUUUAGAGAGACAAUGGUUGAGGCGAUGAGCCUUGUUCGAUAUUCACCUCUGUGAUUUUGCAGGAAGAAGUCUGUAUUGAUUCAUUUGAAAGAAAGUACUUAGAGUCUGAGAACAUUUGG